AUGUCCUCUUUCGCCUCGCUAGGGGAGGCUAAGAAGGACAGGGGAAAUGAGAGCGUUCCGAUCUAUGUGAAGUUCAGCAAUCAGAAGCUGGUCCUCGGAACCCUGUCCGCAGACAAAGUCCCUCAAAUUUCUUACGACUUAGUCUUUGAGAAAGAAUUCCAACUCUCUAACAGCUCCAAGAACGCCAGCGUCUACUUCCUUGGCUAUAAGACUGCUAUCGCUGAUGAUGAGGAAUAUCCUUUCAAUUUUGCUUUUGAUUUCCUUGACUCCACUCUUCUGUCCUCCUCCAAGCCCUCUGAUUUCGGAGAUACUGAUUCUGAAGAUGAAGAUAUUCCUCUCGGCCUGAGCGCAAAUGGGAAAGCAGCUAAGAAUAACGCUGCAAUGGUUGAUGCCACGGCUGCAAAGCCCAAGGUCAAGAUAGAGGAACCAGACAAGGCUAGUAGUAAACAAGCCGCAGAUGAUGAGGAAGACGAUGAUGAGUCUGAAGAUGUAUCCGACGACGAGGAUGGCGAUGAGGCAGAGGAUGAUAGUGAUGAUGAGGAUGAUGGUGAUAGCUCUGAUGAAGAAGUGGAAGAAGUGACCCCUAAAAAGGCUAAAACCGGCGGCAAGAAGAGACCUGCCGAGCCUGCUUCUAGGUCAGAGAAAAAGGCGAAGCUAGUGUCCCCAGCAGGAAGCCGAAAAACAGGUGGUGAUGGUAAGGUAGGUGGGCAUACUGCAACUCCUCAUCCUACCAAACAGGUUGGAAAGACGCUUGUGAGCAAUAAGCAGCAGCAGACUCCAAAAUCUGUUGGUUCAGUCACUUGCAAGUCAUGCUCCAAGAAAUUUAACAGUGAGAAUGCUCUUCAAGCUCACACGAAAGCGAAGCAUGGUGCUGGCAAAUUAGUUUUUGAACUGUGGCGCACUUUUUUUGAAGACUCAUCUAAUAAUUUAGGCCAGUUUCUAUUAGCUGCAAUUUAG